CUUGCACAUCGCGGCGGCGGCGAAUUUCGUGUUACUCAAAGCCGUCGCGAUUUUGAAUCCACUAUUUCCAAGUCAGUCGACAUAACGCGCUCGAACGGUGCGUACUGACUAACGCGAUUUUUUUCUUGUUCAAGAUUUUUCCUCGCAAAAAAAAUGUUUAUGCUGUAACGCGGUUUCGAGGAUUAGGAAAUGUUGGGAAAAUAAAUAAAAGUUAUUUCAGUUUACGCGAGAAGUGUGAAAAACAUGCAAAGCUGAUGAAUGAAUCAACAAAAUAAAAUUUAGAUACAGGAUUUAUUAAUGAUAAUUCUAAGGAGAAGAUGACGAAGGGUAUUAGGAUUAAUUUUGUUUUGACUGUGAUAAGCGUCAUAUUUUUAAAAAAUGUUCCUACAGUCGAGAGCACUAUCAGAUGUUACAAAUGUUUAGCAGCACUGCCUCAAUAUUAUAGUACCGAGCCUGUUAGACUAUGCAAAGAUUUCGAUUAUUCUGAAAAAUUCAUCGUGACAUGUCCUUAUUCAACGUUCUGCACAAAGAAAAUCACCAGCGCCAAAAUUCCCACUACUAUAAAUGGUACGGAAAGAGAUUGUGCCAAUCAGAAACAUGUCAUUCAAAACUACCAUCACGGUGAAUGGCACCAAGAGGUAUCAGUAGAAGAACCAUACACACCGGGAUGUCAUAAAUUGGAUGACAAAGGAACUAGAACGUCCAAUAUCGAAUAUUGUUAUUGUAAUACGGAAUUAUGUAACUCGGGCAAUAGUUACAAAACAUUAGGUUACCUCAAGUCCUUUAUAUUUGUGAUACUCUUUUUGUAUAAAUAUUUUUAAAUAUUUAAUUCCCGUCUCGUGCUUUUACGAUAAUUCUAGAACAUUGUAGAACUUUCUAUGUCUAAUUUUUCUUCCGAAAACACAUUUUUCUUCCCACUAUUUUUUAUAGUUUCCAAUAUAUUGCGAAUGGCGACGUCAAAUGGCGUGCGACUGUGUACCAGUCACAAUAUAUCAUAGACAAAUCCAAAUAAUGAAUGAAUUGAAAAUGCGAAUAUUGUUUUGAAAAUAGGAGUCAAGACAUUUUCAAAUAAAUUUUUCUGUACGACUGUGCAAAAAUUUAAUAAACUAGUCAAUGGUUAUUUUGCUCAUUUUGUUUACAGCAGACUAAAAAAAAUAUAUAAACUUGUAUGUAUCUAAAUAUAAUGUAUAUUUUUUGUAAUAUUAUGAAGAAUAUAUUUAAAAUAUGACGUC